AUGGAAGCCUAUGGUGCCUGCAUUUAUGUUCGUUCAUUAGGCUAUGACGGGAAAUGGCAUGCACAGCUUUUGUGUUCAAAGACUCGAGUUGCUCCACUUAAAGGAGUGACUAUUCCUAGAUUGGAGCUAAAUGGAGCAGUACUGUUAGUGCAAUUAGCAUACAAGGUUGCAGAGUCAUGGAAAAUAGAUGUGCAAUCAUUUAAACUCUGGACAGAUUCCAUGAUUGUACUCGGUUGGCUGAAUAGUGAUUCUAGUAGAUUAAAGGCAUACGUGGCUAACAGAGUCGUUCAAAUACUUGAGGUAUCGACUGCGGAGCAAUGGCGACAUGUGAGAACCGAUGAGAAUCCUGCAGACGUUGUCUCUAGAGGUCUAAGGCCACAGGAAUUAGUCGACAACAACAUAUGGUGGACGGGCCCGAGCUGGCUUUCGGAAGACGAGAGUGGUUGGCCACGUAUCGCAAACGUAAGGAUGGCAGAGGACGACGUGCCUGAACUGCGAACAAUUCGGUUAGCUUUAACUGGCAUGAUAGUGCCAGAAAUGGACAUGCUACUACAUCAUUCGGAGUGGAGCCGAUUAAAAAGAGCAACCGCUUGGCUCUGGCGCUUCAUCGACUAUCAGUGGCCGCGAUUCUCAAAGGUUGUUCAUGAAACCAGUUAUCUAACGGUGAGUGAGUUGCGAAGAGCCGAGUCUUCAAUAUUGAGAAGAGUUCAGACAGAGGCUUUUCCGGAGGAACUUCGGGCGCUACAAAACGGAUGGACUCAUUCUGGUAGGAGGACGGUUGAAGAAUGCCAACAUACCUGA